AUGUCUUCUCCCAAGCUCCUCAUUACUGGCACUACUGGCUUUAUCGGCUUCAAGGUUCUUCUUGGUGCCCUCAAAGCUGGUUACCAUGUUCGAGCCACUCUUCGCUCCCUUGGACAAAAAGACACAAUAGCCAAGCAUCCCCAAGUCACUGCAUUGGGCUUGCCGGCAGAUCGGUUGGAGUUUGUUGAAGUGCAGGAUAUUUGCAGCGACAAGGCAUACCAACAAGCCAUCAAAGGCAUUGAAUAUGUCAUCCAUCUGGCUUCACCUUUGCCAUCGCCUUUCCUUGACCCACAAACAGGCAUAUAUGAACCCAACAUCAAGAGCGCAACAAGUAUCUUGAAUAAUGCCCUUGAAGAGCCUUCCAUCAAGAAGCUAGUGAUUGCAUCGUCCGUCUUUGCAAACAGUCCUUUCCCUCCCGAUGGUAAAAAGAUCACUGCUGACUCUCGAAUUCCUGAUUUCCCCGGACCUUUCGAUGCUAUGCUGCCUGCUUAUAGCAUGGGAAAGGCUGGUGCUCUCAACGCUACUGACAGAUUUGUCAAGGAGAAGAACCCACACUUCAAAGUUGUCAACGUAUUCCCAGGAUUUGUCUUUGGCACGGACGAGAGGGCUCUGAAGUCAAGCGAUAUAUUUGCAGGAACCAAUAGAAUCCUUCUUGCAGCCGUAACCGGUCAGAAUGCCGAGAUGGCAAUGCCUGCGGGCGCCACGCACGUCUACGAUGCUGCCACGCUUUUCCUGACGGGACUCCAGGACGACGCGCCGACCAACAUUGGUGCGUCUGUACCUCAGACGUUUGACGAUGCUUGGCCCAUUGUCCAGAAGCAUUUCCCCGAGGCCGUUAGCAAUGGUCUACUUACUCGAGGAAGUCAACCUACCGCCCCUGUUCAUUGGGACUCGACACAAACCGAGAUAGAUAUCAAGGGCUUUAAGUUCAGAACCUAUGAGGACAUGGUCGUCGACACAGUUGCCCAGUAUCUCGACCUGUUGGCAAAAGAGAAGCAGUAA